AUGGCUGUUCCCGACAAGUUCACCGGCUUCCAGUCCCCCAGCGCCGGCAACUGGCUCGAAUUUGAAAAGAACUCGUGGGAGCCCCGGCCUUUCGGCGACUAUGAUGUCGAUAUCAAGACGGAAUGCUGCGGCGUCUGCGCGAGUGAUCGCCACACCAUCAGCGGGGACUGGGGUGAAUGCCCGUACCCCUUGGCUGUCGGACACGAGGUCGUCGGCAAGGUCAUUCGCGUCGGCCCCAAGGUGACGCUGGCCAAGGUCGGCCAGAGGGUUGGCGUGGGCGCGCAGGUGUACUCGUGCCUCGAGUGCCGCCAGUGCAAGAACGAGAACGAGACGUACUGCAAGCAGCAGAUUGACGCCUAUGGCGCCCCGUACCUCGACACCGGCUACACGACCCAAGGAGGCUACUCAUCACACACUCGAAUCCACGAGUACUGGACAUACCCAAUCCCCGAUGCUCUGGAGAGCGCCGACGUCGCCCCCAUGCUGUGCGCUGGCAUCACCGUCUACAGCCCUCUGAAGCGCUUCGGCGCCGGCCCGGGCAAAAAGGUUGGCAUCGUCGGCAUCGGCGGCCUGGGCCACUACGGCAUCCUGUUCGGCAAGGCGCUCGGCGCCGAGGUCUGGGCCAUCUCUCGCUCCCGAGCCAAGGAGGCAGACGCCCGCAAGAUGGGCGCCGACGGCUUCCUGGCCACGUCGGAGAAGGACUGGACCAAGGGCCACGAGAUGACGUUUGACCUCAUCAUCAACACGGCCAACUCGUUUGACGGGUUUGCCUUGGCCGAAUACCUGAGCCUGCUCGACGUCCACGGCCGGUGGAACUCGGUCGGUCUUCCCGGAGGCGAGGGCAUCUCGAUCCGCAACCAGGACUUCCUCGGCAACGGCUGCUUCAUCGGCAGCUCACAUCUGGGCAGCCGCAAGGAGAUGCUGGAGAUGCUUGAUUUGGCCGCCAAGAAGGGUAUUCACUCGUGGGUGGAGAAGAUUCCGAUCUCGAAGGAGGGUCUGCAGCAGGCGAUGAACCGACUGGCGGACUCGAGCGUGCGAUAUCGAUCGUGCAUGGUCAACUAUGACGAGGCCUUUGGUGCUUGA